CCAUCACCACCACCAGCGGCAAGAGCAGCAGGCACCAGCACCGCCACCUCCGCGGAGGUCGCACGGCUGCUGGCCCUCGGCGCGUUAGUAGUGCCCGGGACAGACAGUCGAUCGCGCACACGAAGGGUGCGGGUCGUUCUGGGGGUUGGCUUGUGGGUACGGAUUUGGUCAGUCGGCUGAUUUUGUUGGUCUCGUCGGCAGUCUCUCGCAAUUCGUAUGCAGACUGCUCGCGGCGAAUCGUCGUCGCGUCCGUCGCGUUGCGAUUCAACAGCUGGCGAGAAGGUGCUCAGACGGAGAGUAUGCCUGAGGCCUGAGAGGCGGCAAACAUCUAGCGUCCGCUUUAUCACGGUUUGACGGCGCUUCGGGCGAUCUGGACCGCGCUCACGAAUCUGUAAUAAUCAGCAUUGUUCUCGAGAGCGUGGAAACGUCAAACCCCGGACUCCUAACGUGAUGCGAGCCGCGUCGAAUGGAUCGAAGCGUUACGUGUUGGUGCGUGUGGUGCCGGAGCGAUAGGUUCGAAAUUAUCUGGACCCGAAAGUUAUCUGACCGAGAUUAUUGAGUGAACACCAUUAUACACUAUGUGAUACGAGAAGACGACCCUAGAUAAGAAGUUGGAUGUUUUUCGCGUGUUGCAGCGCGCGACGUGGUGAAAGCAGGUGGUUCCUGUGGUUCCCGGCGAGACCAAGAAACGGAUACGCGAGGUCCGAAGAAUCGUCGUCGAGCGAUUCUCCUUUCUCGGGACGAGUCGUAGCACGUACGUCGAAAACGUUGAGGAUUCCACGCGAGUCGGCGUCGGCGACUCCGAGGGCGGUGAAUCGAACCAUCGUACCCCGGGCGCCGAUGAUUCCAUCAAGCUCAUUCACUGCCGACGAUUCGAGUUCAUCGAUCGUCAUCGGAGCGUCGUGUAUACGCGCGUGCCGCGCGGCAACGACGAUCGGUCGCCAGAUUGGCAGCUCAGCGUCAACGCGGGCAACGCAUGCACCUGAGAAUGGAAGUGAGAGUUUGCUCGGAGCCGAUCAGCAGCAGCAGCAGAAGCAGAAGCAGCAGCAGCAGCAGCGCGAUAGUAGUACCGAGUCGCUAUUCUAAAUUCGAGACGGCGGACAGGGAGCGAAAGCCGCUUGGAGGGCGCGGGACUGGAGGUGCAGGCGGCAAGCCGUACCGGAAGCUGUGGGAGUGGGUGGACGUCGGCGACGGGCUAAGGGUGGUGGCGGCGGUGGUAGGGCAAAAAGGGGCGCAGGAGGGCGGAAAGAGGCGCAAAAAAUUGCCAACGGCGGCGGCGAGGACGGAGGAGCGAAGGACAGGCAAGAAGGCAGCGGCGGCAGCGGCGGCGAACGGAAAAGGAAAGCGGAAAUCGGAAGCGGAAGAAGAAAGGGGUCGUCCAUCGGCAGGAGGGCCCCACAGAUGCGGGGCCCGCAGGGGCGGCCAGUCCGCGGCGGCGUGACGCGAUGCGGACGUCCUCCUCCUCUUUGCCGAGGAAGAGGAAGAGGAAAGACCUCUCGCCUCCCAACACCGUCCUUCUCACCAGCGAUUGGCGAUCGUCAGUUAAACAUGUCCUCCGACAGCAGGGUUCUCCGCGGCUCGAUAUUAUCGUGUCGUAUCGACCGCGGCACGCGGUUCUCCACCGGGGACGAGAUGUCUCCUCGGUGUGUCGUGAGGUUCCUAGGAAGCUGGGGAGUCGCCAAACAAGCGCGAUUUCCGACGAACGAUGCUGGGAACGGGGAAAGCGGAAGAGAGGCAAAUGCGACAAGGGGAGCGACGACGAAGGAGAUAAACGAGAGAGGCGACGACGAAAUGCGAAGGAUAUCGCGAGUAAAGGGACCCUUCGAAUGGUCCCGUCCGACGGCGGAAUUGCCAAGAGCGUCUUCCUGCUGGCGCUUCUCUGCGCUCAGUGCUGCCUGGCAGGUACCGAGGCGCUGGCCGGCACUCAAAAGUACAGUACAAGAACGGUCAAGACGCGAUACGGCAUGCUGCGCGGUAUCGAGGCCCGAUCGUCAACGUCCGUUGAAACUUAUUACGGCGUGCCGUACGCAACGCCGCCGCUUGGCGCGUUGCGUUACAUGCCGCCGGUCACCCCGACACCCUGGCGCGGCAUCCGACUCGCCGACACCAUGCCGCCGGCCUGUCCGCAGCGGCCGCCGGUACCGGACGAGAGCCUGCCGCGACAGAGGCAGGCCUACCUCAAGAGGCUGGUGCCCAUGCUGGUCAACCAGAGCGAAGACUGCCUGUAUCUGAACCUCUAUGUGCCCAAAGCUCCUCACGGUAGUAUUGCGGACUCGCUGCCGGCUCUCCUCCUUAUUCAUGGCGAUUCCUAUUCGUGGGGCGCCGGGAAUUCAUUUGACGGAACCGCCCUAGCCGCUCACGGACGCCUUAUUGUCGUCUCCAUCAAUUUUCGUCUUGGCGUGCUUGGCUUCCUGAAGACCGGAUCGAAAGGGAGCGCGCAGGGCAAUUACGGAUUGAUGGAUCUGGUGGCGGGGCUCCAUUGGCUGCGCGAAAAUCUCGGGGCUUUCGGCGGCGAUCCUGAGCGACUGGCGUUGCUGGGCCACGGCACCGGGGCGGCUCUCGCCAAUUUUUUAGCCGUCUCCCCUAUGGCGAAAGAUAUUCCAGCGCUGAUCGGGAGGGUGAUUCUGCUCGGCGGUUCGGCCCUCUCGUCGUGGGCGGUGCAGCGAGAUCCGCUGGCGGUGAAGCGCCGCGUCGCCGAGCAGAUAGGAUGUCCCGGUGACGUCGAGGCCGACGAUAUCGCACCGUGCCUUCGUUUGAAGAGCGUGGAGGAGCUACUGGCGGUGCAGCUGGAUCCGCCAAGAUUCACUUCCGGAUUUGCGCCCUUCGUUGACGGGGCUGUUCUGCCACCGACAGUCAAUCAGAAUUUCCAGCCCACUGCCUCUUCUUCGGGACUAAUGCCAAUCGUGCCCGGGCCCGGCGCUGAAUUCGCGGACUUCGGCGACCGUGAUUUACUCUUUGGUUUGACGUCCGAGGAAGCUUGGGUGAAUCUCACCGAGGAAGAUUUACAGAACGGCUUGAACGAGACGAGGAGGGACCGUAUAUUACGCACUUACGUCCGUAACACCUAUCGUUACCACUUGCACGAAAUCUAUUCGACUCUUCGGAACGAGUACACCGACUGGGAGCGGGGCGAGCAGAGUCCCGUGGCGAUUUGCGAGGGUCUCUUAUCUCUCCUCGGAGACGGCCAAGUCGCCGCCCCGCUCCUCAGACUGGCCUUACUGCAUUCGGCCUCGGAGGGACGCGGCUAUUUCCUGCACUUCCAGCCGGGCGAGCUACCGAGCCAGAGGGGCGAGGAGGUGCCGUAUCUCCUGGGUAUACCUCUUCUGCGCGGCGAAGUCACGUCCGCGCUGCCCGCCUCUGCCAACUACACCCCGGCCGACGAGAAUCUGUCGAAACUGCUCGUACACUACCUGACCAACUUUGUGAGGCGCGGGGACCCGAAUGGCGUGAGUCCCUUGUCCACGGCACUGGAUAACGGCCUGACGACAAGCCCACCGUUCUGGGACUCGUACGAUUCCAUAAAUCAGCUGUACUUGGAGGCCGCUCACAGCCCGGAGAUGCGCUCGCAUUACAGAGGCCACAAGAUGUCCCUCUGGCUGAAUCUGCUGCCGCAGCUGCACCGGCCGGGCUACGAGAUCAACAUGCGGCACCAUCAUCUUGCGGAGAACCCCGGCCUCUACGAGGGCCCGGUGCGUCCGCAGAGCACGGCCGUACCUCUACCGGCGCCCCCGUUACCCAUGCCAUCUCCCACGGAACCCUCCUCGAUACUGACCGCGCUGUCGACCACGGAAUGUACUCCGAACGCGACCGUCGCGACGACCAUCACGCCCACCACCUCGCGAACGUUGCAGAUCUCGAAUCUGGGCCCGGGCCCCAACAAUCUUCUGCGCAAGCUCGCGUCCAGCCACUACCAGAGUUACACCACGGCCCUCACGGUUACCAUCGCGGUAGGCGUGUUCCUAUUGCUGCUCAACAUCCUGAUUUUCGCGGGGAUCUACCAUCAGCGCGACCGGAACACGACCGGCGGCGGUCUGUCGGGCGCUUUCAGCAACAAGAAGAAAGAGGAGUUUCUGGAGGCUGGCUGCUCCGGUAUUGACACCUCAGGUUCAGGCAAGCAGCGACUGCCGCCUUCCAUGACCCUGAUGGACUCGCCGUCGUCGAUGCUGCCGCCGCACAAGGCAAAGCUCGUGCAGGAGCUCGAGCUGCAGCUGCAGGAGUUCCAAUGCUCUCCGCCGCCCGGCGGCGGCAAGCGAAUUCUGGAACCGCCGUCCUACAGCAAGAGCCCGUGCAUCCAGCGGACCCGCACGCCGUCGCCCUGCGUCGACGCCACUAUCGCCCAGAUGGACGAGGUUAACGACAUCAGCGGCCUUCACCACGACAGCGAAGACGAGAACGAGGAACUGCCGGAACCGCCGCCCCCGCCCAAGGCCCCGGCGCCGAACGUCGGUCUCACGUGCCCCGGGAUUCUACGGCAGCCCGGGACACCCGGUAGCGCGAAGAAGCGCGUGCAGAUUCAAGAGAUCUCCGUGUGAUAGGGUGCGAGGGAUAUCGGUCUCUCGAGAUAUUUGAUGUUGGAGGACGCGUUCUCGCCGUGAACGAGCGCGCAACGAGAGGACGGGGCGCCGAUCGAGAUCAAGUGUAGGCGAGGAACGCCUUUGAACUCUUGAUUAUUAUCGGGGAUACACUUCCCGAGGCGCGAGUGGCCUCGCUCUCUCAGUCACGCUCUUCUCAGUCGCUUCUGUCGAAGCGAUUUUCGUUCCUCUCACGAGAUUUUUGUUUCCCUGUAUUAUUACCGUUUGAGAAUAAAUAGCACGUUCUAGCGCUCGCGUGUUCGUCACGUCGGUUAACUCGUGUGAGAUGAGAGCGCGAUCACUUUCGCGUUAAAGCGAAGGUGAACGUUUGACGGCCGUGUUAAUAAAUUCUCUUCUCGAAAUCUUGCUCCUAGAACUUAUUACAGACUGCUAAAGUCUACUACUACAGAAACGCGUUCAAGCUUACGAUCCUUGUAUCUCCGAGUGAUCCUCGUCAGGAAUGGAUGCCGACGUGUGCGUAGCUUUUUCGCGACUGAAGAAAGUGAAACAUAAUUUUUACUCGCUCCGAACGGAGUUGUACAGUGCCGUGUGUGUCCCCACGUGCAGAUCAGCAGCGUUUGAAAGUGUGCUUUAUUUCGAGGGAUUUUCUUACCGAGCCGCGAUCCACGUUCAUGUAACGCAAUUUGAUGAACGCGCAAACGGGCACGUAAACACGUAAGAGAACACACAGGAGGUUCGUAGUGGUCCCUUUGUACCCGAGACGUGAAUCUUCGUCCGUCCAUUAGGGACGACAACGUCUGGCGUUUGAAAUUCACCGGAUCGGCCGACCCUUGGUCGGCUUCACUGACUCUUCAGCCGGGUCCGAUCCGGCGGUCGUUGCGCGACGCGGUGUCGCAUAAACGGGGGGAUUGACGUAAUCUCAGGAAUAAAAAGAAUGCAAAAGACAUCUUCGUGGCAGGCAUACACGGUGUCCGUCAUGGUGCUCGGGCUAACUCAGGCCCGAAUCUUGCCACAACACUAAAUGGAAUUAAUCGAGGAAUUGGUAGUCUUGGGCUUCGACUUCUAGGUUCAUAAGACGACGAGAACGACUAGCUUACUGAUAUGUGUGUUCGUGCGAGAGAACGUGCGUGAGACAUGGACGAGAGGGAUGGAAAGAAUGGAAAGAAAAGGGUAAAAAGAAGGAAGGGAUGUGGGGAAAGAGUGGUAAAAGGGGAACUCUGUAAGAUGCUGGCUUUCGUUAGUAGUAAUUGGGCGUGUGUGUGAAACUUUGUGUAAGGAAUUAGAACAUGUUUGACACGAGAUAGGGCUAAACGGUUUAACGGCAACGGGGAGUACUUAAGAGGAUACAGGUGAUUCUCCGGUAUUUAUUUUAAAAGUUGUCGUGUAACGUGAAAUUUUCGGAAAGAAUUCGAUACGCGAAGUUUUAUCGUUCCAUUGAAGGCGACUGCGUUAUACACUCGAGACAUCUUUACGAUGUAUAACAUUUGUCAGAAAGUAUCGUGUUAUGAGUUUUCUUUGACUUUAAUAGUCACCUCGGAAGGAGGGGAGUAAAGUUGCGUUGUUUCAGAAAGUUAUAAAUUUGCUACUAACUUUUUGAUGGCCGCUAUAAAGAAAAGUGUUUAAAUAAGAGUUCCUAUAUGUUCGACCAAUUGGAAAUGAUCCGCGCAUAAACGCCAUAAAUUACAUUGGUGGUACGUCAACUUGAUUCCGUAUUCGGUUAAAGCUGAUCUAUUUCUAUUACGUCUUUAUUUCCUUUAAUUUAUUUGCUUUUAUCUAUUCUUUUCUUUUAAAAAAAUUUGUAAUUACUAUUUGCAUUCAGUUCCUUGAUAGUAAUGACGGAAUUUCAUACAAGUUGAAAGUUGGAAAUCGUUGAGAGUCACCUGUAUAUUAUAAAUUUUCAUGCAAUAUUGGAAAUAUGGUAGUUGGAAAGUGAAAAGUGUAUUUGGGUCCAUUUUAAUUUUUAUAUUUUCCUUCGGGGUGCUAAGACGUGUCGAUCGACUACUAAUAUACGAUUAAUACUUUAAACCUGGUCGGAUCUGUUCAAUACUGUCGACAGGAGCUAUUUAUUACAUCAAUGAUUAAAAUUGUUUAUUAUAAAAUGACCUAAGAUGGCACCAAAAUGUAUAUUUAGCUUGUUUUACGGAGGCGUUUAGGAUCAAAAUUUACCAAGUCUAUGAGAUAUACUUUAAGAAUGAAAAAUUAGAUAUCGUUGCAAAAUUCCCCGAAGAAAUUGUUAUUGAAAUAUAAGUCGGACAUUUUAUAUGUAAAAUAAAUAUAUAUAUAUAUAUAUACAAACUCUUCGGAGGCUAGGCAAGUUUUGAUCUUGGUUCGUCUCGUCACACAACGCUCUUCGACGACAUGUAAUUGGAAAGACGGCAAGAAUUGAAUCUUGACUUGACAGCCCCAAGAAACAAGUCUGUCGCAAGAGUGUCAGAGUAGAGAGACGAGCGAGCGCUGUCGUCGUAAAGCACCCCUACGAUCGUAAGACUUCGAGUAAAUGAGGAAGAGAAACCGCGCGAGGGGCCACCGUAAGUAACCUAAUUCCUAAUUAACCUAGUCACGGGGAAACUUGCCAUAAUUGAUUCGAUUGCACUCGCGUGUGUUAUCAUUUACCGGCAGGAUGCUGCCGAUGUUAAGAUAUAUCGCCAAACAUGGGGGAAUUGAAGAGGUAUAUCGCGUUAUACAAAAUCGGGGUGCUGUUUGAUCGAUCCGCGAAACGCUGGGGUAAUAAACAGUCGUUCGUCGAAUUUGGAUACGAUCGUCAAGUUAGCUUCAUUUGCAUGGUAAUUAACUCGGAGGAGGCUUAUUGUCAUUUGCGCGACUAAGAUUGAGCCCCGUGAGAGCUCUUUACUGUCACCGUUCCUUUCGUCUGCAGAUUCUUCAGUCAAUUAAAAACUAGCUUCUUUUCUUGACAGGAAUAUUGGGAAUUUAACUCUUUAUAAUGGCAUGUAAUUGGGAUCUACAUUACGCGUAUCUACAUAUUUUUUAAAGUGUUAUUUUAUCACUUCACCUCUACAUCAUUGCGCGAAUUUUCAUGCUCAAUAAAAAUAUACAUAUACAUAUACAAGUUUUGUAUACUAUAUUGUUAUUAUGAAUUCCGAGUUACAUAUCGUUCUCUUAUAAAUGAAUAUUUUUUAAUUAAUAUCCCGCGAUCAAUGUUUUCCAUUUACCGGUUGUGCAAUUUUUUUUCAUGAGCAAACAAUGUUAUAGGGAGUUAAAUCAUUCUUGAGUUAAAAACGAUCGAAAAUGAGUGAUUUUUUGUGAAAUCUAGAAGAUGCUAAUUUGAAAAGCGUUAAUAAUGCAGAAAAUUUUACUCUUCAGCAUAUUUUAAAAAUUACAAAAAAAAUUUGAAAACGUUUAAUUAAGAUUUUUUGCAAGAAAGAAUCGACCGCGAUUUAAUUAGAGGAUCCGUAGAUGAAAGAAAUGGCACUUACUUGUGCACGACAGUGGAUAUACAUACAGAAUUAAUGAAAAGAAGGACACUAUGGACAUAACAUAGAUAGCCGAGGGCAAACUGACAUGCUGCCACAAUCUAUCUUGUGUCUAUAGAAAGCGCACAGAUACAAAAGACACACUCAUACGUAUAUACAACUAUCAAUGUUUGGAAUGUUGGGAUUUGUUUAAAUAAAUACUUAAAGAUUCAAAGCGUAA